AUGGGGGUAAGCAUACUCGACUGGGCUUCACAGAUUGAACCGCCAUCUGAGAUUUAUGAAGUGGCGGACAUGCCACUCACACCCUCCAAGCGUCCGUGGGCGCCAGAUACCGACUUGACCCCAACCAAGCCAGUUGGUGAAUGUUCUGAGAUCAGCCAUGGAGAUUCGCAAUCGGAUAUUGUUUCGACAACAAGUUCGACUCGACACUCGCCUACGAAACGCUCGGUGAGCCCCAAAAAGAGAGAGAUAGCAUUGCGGAUGGCGAGAUGUUUUCCAAUUCACCGAGAGGACAUAUCAUCCGUACAGAAGCCUACACUGCUGAUGCAGGAGCUUGCCAAAGUACGCAGCAUGCGCCUUAUCCCUGUUUCAAUGAAGGACCGCAUCAUCAAAGAUUCCGGGUGGGCGAACCCACCGCACGAUAGCUGGUUUUAUGGCGAUGCGCACCCCGGUGCAAGCCGCGUCGGAGAGAACAGGCCAUCCUCAUUUGCAAACCACAAGGAAGAGGACGAUGUGUAUAUCUACCGGCGUAUAAAGAAGAUUCGAGACAACACUAUAGAACGGACCGAACGUAUGGAUUACGAGGUAGGCUGGAACGAAGCUAUUCACUGGGCACUACUGGAACUAGCUCUUGACAAUGAUGCCUGCGCCGGUGUUUGCUGUCGUAACGUUACUCAAUGCGGUGUCUAUAGGGAACUGCGGGAUCCCGACCCUCUACUUGCCGACACCAGAUCCGACUACGCGCUCUGCCUCGACCCGCCGGAUGAUUCACCCCUCGCUGAAUUGCUGCGACGUUACCGACAGCUCAAUCCGCAAACGAACCGGGCGGCCCACAUGCAAUUCAGUGACGAGGCUAGCACUCCCCCUGCGGUUGGCAUUGAAACCAAAAGCGGUGAUGGAGAUGGGGCCACACUGAGCGGCGCACAGAGCGCAUCCUUCGUGCGCGGCCAAUUCCGACACCUGGCUUCGCUGCCGAAUGCGGGGCAUAGACCUCUUCCAAUCAUUCCUACAAUACUUAUACACGGAGCUAGGUGGUCAUGUAUGGGCGAAUUGACAUCGGCUCAUCGGACAAACUAUACGGAUGCUACGCAAUUUACUACGCAAUACGCAUCAUUGCAAAAUGGUGCGUCAAGGAGUAUUGGCAGUGGUUGGAGCAGGCUUUGGUGCCACCUGCAUAAGCUGAUCGUUCUCGAAUUCACAUGGCUCGCGGCGUGUGCUCGUCGCAUUUCUGUUUGGGCUGCUCAUCACCAAGUGCCAAGACACGACGUCAUUGUGCUAGCGCUGCGACAGCAGUUGUCAUCGUGUCUUAGAUCCAACCUUAUCAAGUACGACGGCACCGAUAGUGCCACUCGUCUUAACUAA